GAGGAGAGGGGAAGGCGGGGCUUAGGCGGUGCUCGGGUUCGAUUGGGGCGGGCUCUGGUGAUUGACGCCGCCGCCGCCGCGAGACUUGUCAUCGGAACUGGGCCCAGAUGUUGCACGCAGCUGGAGUUUUCGACCCGCUUGAUAUUUUUUGCGGGGGUGAAGCUCCUAUAAUAUCCGUAUAGCUCCUUCCAGUGUCUGAUCUCCACCUGUGGAAUUGCUGCCUGUCAGCUGAGGCUCAAAGCGCUAGGAUUCAAAUACUAGAUCACUUUUAGAAUCCUGUUCUGGAUCCUGGUGUUACCCAGAACUACAUUGCUAAUAUUACCAGUCACAACAAUUCUAUGAUGAGAGGAACUCUAGAAGAGAAAUAAAGAAGAUUGCAUCUUUAGAUACAUUAUUUCCCAAAUUUGUCGAUCACAGGAGCUUCUGCACAAAGGCAAAGUGUUAUCCAGAUUUUGAUUAAAAGGAUACAUCCACUCCAGCCACUAGGAGAAAUUACUCAGUUUGGCUUCAAUUGGUUUUAUGUCAGUGUUGCUGUCACUCUCAGAUGAAAGCAAAAGGAAGUGAAUUUGAAUUCUUGCGGUUUAUAUUCUUUUCAUGCUGAAGUGUUGUUUGCUUUCCUUGCUACUGAGAGGAUGUAGUGGAAAUGAUAGCUGAGCCCAACUCCGUUGCGAAUCUCCCCAACCACAAAGAAAAUGGGAUUCACGAUGAGAUUGUUCCUGAAUCCACUGCACAAAAUGGUGGCUGCUUGAGAAAUGGCAAUGCUAGGCCUCUGAAAGGGAAAAGAAAAAACCGAGAACAAUGCGAAAACAGAAGGAGAAAUUCUUCUAGUAGUAGACGGUCAAACCAGCUGCAGAAUGGAGAAGUGGUUGAAGCAGUUACUUUGUUUGAGGUGGUCAUCAUGGGCAAAAGAGCUAUGCAGUCGGUGGUAGAUGAUUGGGUUGAAGCUUACAAAAGAGAUCGAGAUGUGGCACUUCUGGACCUCAUAAAUUUCUUCAUUCAGUGUUCAGGAUGUCAAGGAAUGGUUACAGCAGAGAUGUUUCAGAGUGUACAGAACUGUGAAGUGAUGCAGAAAAUGACAGAGACAUUUGAUGAGGAAACUGGAUUGCAGUAUAAGAAGUUCAUGGCUUAUCCCUGGAUUUUGACAGUUACUUGGCCAGUGGAUAUGGACAAUGAAGACUAUCCGCUCAUCAAACCAGGGGCCUACUGGAAAAAGUUCAGAGCAAAUUUUUGUGAGUUCAUUGCAGUACUGGUUGAACAGUGUCAGUAUAUCAUCCUCUAUGACAGUUAUUUGAUGGAUACCAUCAUCUCUCUCCUUACGGGUUUGGCAGAUUCAAUGGUCAGAGCAUUCCGGCACACCAGCACAUUAGCAGCUAUGAAGCUUCUGACAGCACUUGUAAAUCUCAGUCUCAAUCUAGAUAUAAGUAAGCACAACCUCGAAAGAUUAUAUGAAGUGGAAAAAACCAGGGCUGCAGGCAAGAAGACCAAUUCAAGACUGGAGCAGCUAGAAAAGAAGAAAAAAGAGUUUGAACAGAAACAUCUGGAGAUGGAUAAUAUGAUGAAUGCCAUUUUCAAAGGGACUUUUUUGCAGCGUUAUCGUGAUAUUAUUCCAGAAAUUCGAGCGAUCUGCAUUGAAGAGAUGGGCAGCUGGAUGAAAAUGUAUCCUGAUACAUUCUUAAAUGAUAGUUACUUGAAAUACAUUGGAUGGAUGCUAUAUGAUAAACAACCCGAAGUCCGACUGAAGUGCCUCCAGGGACUACAGGGAAUUUAUGGCCAAAAGGACCUUGUUUAUAAAAUGGAUCUGUUCACUAGCAGGUUCAAAGAUCGAAUUGUAUCCAUGUCUCUGGACAAGGAGCAUGAAGUAGCCGUUCAAGCCAUGAAACUCUUGAUGCUAAUGUCACAGAAUUGUGAAGAUGCGUUAACAUCCGAAGACUGUGAAACCUUAUACCAGUUUGUUUACACCACACAUCGACCACUGGCCACAGCAGCUGGGGAACUACUUUAUAACAGAUUGAUUAUCCAGGAAAGCCAAGUCGACUCUAAUGUCAAUAGAAAUGGAAAAUGGGAGCCUGUUGCUAGCCAACUGAGAACACUAAUCAUUUUCUUCCUGGAAAGUGAGCUGCAUUGUCAUGUCACGUAUCUGGUAGACAGCCUCUGGGAUUGGGCGCUGAGUAUAUUGAAAGAUUGGGAGUGCAUGACUGCUCUCUUACUGGAAAACACCAAUGAUCAUGAUGAAGCGCUGAGCAAGGCUGAAGAGAGCGCCCUCAUUCAGAUUAUCCUAGCAACUAUUCGAGAAGCCGCUGAAGGCCAUCCCCCUGCAGGCAGAGCAGGAACCAGGAAAGUUCUUUCUGCCAAAGAGAAGAAGAUACAAGUGGAAGAUUGUACGAAAAUUACAGAACAUUUCAUUGUAGCCCUUCCCCAGCUCUUGGCAAAGUAUUCAACUGAUGCAGAAAAGGUGAUAAAUCUCCUGCAGAUCCCACAGUAUUUUUAUUUGGAGCUGUACAGUACUGAACCCCUGGACAAGCACUUGGAUGCCUUACUGAAAGAGGUAGAAGCCAUUGUCACCAAACACACCGACACAGAUGUCCUGGAGGUUUGCUCCAGGGUGUACGAUGUCCUUGGCAGCGAAGGGCUGGCUAUCUGUAACAAAGUGGUUGUUGCUAGGACUGAACUGGUGGAUGAACUGGUGAACAAACUAAACCAGCUCUUAGUUAACUCUUGGAAUGAGGAAGAAGGGCUUUGUGCAGAAGAAGAAGAGAUUCAUCAUAUUUCCUCCACUCUGCAAAGAGUAGCUGCUUUUUACAAUGCCCAUGAUCUUUCUAAAUGGAAUCUUUAUGACAAGAUGAUUACACUGCUUGUAUUUGAAAUGGAACGUGGCACUAUACCUCUUCAGGUUGUUUUGCCCGCAUUACAGUGUGCUUAUUUUGCACUACUCUGGCAGCUAGCUUUUGUGGUAGAGAACACACCUUCCAAGGAAAAUGUCUCAGAUUUGAAAACACAUUUGAGGCAUCUCUGCCACAUUUGCACAUGCUACCUCAGCCAUGACAACAGAGAGUUACGUGAAAAGGCUUUUGCGUUACUCUGCGAUUUACUUAUGGUUAUAAGCCAUCAAGAUUCAAGUGAUGAUGAAACUGUUGAGUCACUGGACUACCUUCCCAGUUUAUCUCUUCAGACAAGAAUGAUAAUAUUUAUUCAGGAUCACGUUUUCAACGAUGAGGAGGAAGAGACCAAAGACUUGACAGAAGAGGAUGACCGGAAAAAAGAAAGCCAGAAACUGGAUGCCUUGCACCUGAAGCGAUGCCUCCUUGCUUCUUACUGCAAGUUAAUAAUUUAUAAUGUUGUUGAGAUGACUUCAGCUGCUGAAAUCUAUAAGCAUUAUAUGAAGACAUAUAAUGACUUUGGAGAUAUAAUUAAAGAAACCUUGAGCAGGUCAAGACACAAUGACAAAAUUCGGAGUGCAAAAACUGUGAUACUUUGCUUGCAACAGCUGUUUCAGAAGUUUGUUGAAAGUCAAGAUGACACUGCCAGCAGCACCACCAGCAUGGAUGUCUUCUCUGUUUCCUUCGUUAACAUUAAAGAACUUGCACGGCGGUUUUCUUUGACCUUUGGCUGGGAUCAGGUGAAAAGUCGAGAGUCAGUAGCCAUGAUACACAAAGAAGGUAUUGAAUUUGCUUUCCAAGGGGCAGCUACAGCAGAAGAGAAAUCCCUGCCUCCCAACCUCAACUUCUUGGUCAUACUCAGUGAAUUCUCCAAUAAGCUUCUUAAGCCUGACAAAAGACUUGUAUAUAGUUAUUUGCAGAGAUAUAUACCUGAGCCAGCACUUUGUAAAGGCGAUUCCUGGUACUCACUGGGUUGGUACAGAACUUCUUUGCUGGCUAAUGAAGAGGAAGAUAAUUCUGUGGUCAGCAGUUCAAAUGAAUGGCCACCUGCUAACAUUACAAGGGUGCCUGCUUUGAAAAGAAAAAUUUCUGAAGGAGCCUUGGCCAAACCCAGCCACGCCGAAAAUGUAAAUAAAAAACCCUCCGAUUCCCACUGUCCGUCUCAGACCCCUUCUGGGGAAAGAAAGAGGUUAAAAUCUCUUGAAAGUGGUCACCCAGAAAAUGCACCAUCACCUGGUUCUGCGAGUCUGAAUAGAAGACACAGUACUCAGGCUGUGGUCAAAGAAGAUAAUUCUGUAGAGGUCCCAGCUGAAGAUAUGGAUGUUGAUGUUAUUGGGGCUGACCAGGAGACCUGAGGAGCCACCUGGACAUAUACUUUGACGCCAUGUGCAAGAGCAAACAGGUGCAAUGGACUAUACCUAGUUUCCACAAGUUAGCUGAGAGCAUAACGUGGAAUGGUUCAACUCACCACUUACAAGUGGUAAAAAGUGAUCACAGUUGUGAUUUCUUCAGCCAGUGCUAUUACAUGGCUUUUGUAUUUGCUGGUGUUAUCUACACAUGUAAAAAAAUGAUUUUGAUGUUUGUUUUGUUAAAGAUUUUCUUUCCAAAGUGAAACACUAAGUUUAUUAGACAGGGAAAUGUACCAGAUAGUAUCUGAUCAGCCUGUGGUGGACAGUUAGGUCUAUAUAAAAUGAAAGUUAUAUUGAAGGGUUGUAAAGAACUAAACAGACAUGGGUCUCAUCCCACAGGGAAGUGUUUUCAAGGUAAGAGAAAAUAUUUGUGUUUGUGUGUAAAAAUAGAUAAUUUCUACUUUGUAUUUCAUUUCUUUCCUUGUGUAUCAUGAUGUUGACAUUGGAAUAGAAGUCCGCUGAAUCCACUGUUCAUCACUGCAGAGCUUGUAAAACAGCUGUUGGUUUCAUACUUUUAUAUUCAGAUGUUUGUAAAAUAAAAUAAGUGAUCAGUGAA